GGGCUCUUCGCUGAUAGCAGCUAGUCCAACGUGGGGGACUCGAACCCACAAAUUGCGAGAUCACGAUCUGAGCUGAAGUCAGAUGCUCAACUGACUGAGCCACCCAGACGCCUCCUAGGCACUUUAAAGAAGAUACUGUUCUAAGCCUUCUGGCUUUCAUGGUUUCUGUUGGUCGGCUAUCAGUCUUAUCAGGCUACUUAAAAGUAAGCUGUCUUUUUUUAGUCUCUGGCAGCUUUUAAUGUUUUUGUAUUUGAUUGUUAGCAGUCUUCUGUGGUACACUUGGGUAUAGUUUUGCUUUUUCUUCUGGGGUUCAUAGGGCUUUUUGAAUCAAUAGUGAUGUCUUUUAUUGGUUUCGGGAAAUUCUCAGUCAUCAUUUUUUAGCUGUUGUCUCUGCCCCAUUCACUAUCUCCCAGGGAUUUCAUUUACAGAUACAUAGGGCUUUAUUAUUUACCCUCUGUGUUGUUCUGUCUUCUAGUCUCCCUCCCCAUAUUUUUGUGUAUCUUUGUUUCUUUGUAGAUAUUUUUUUCUGAUAUGGCUCCCAUUUCUGUAAUUUUCAUUCAUCUGUGUGUUUCUAUUUUGUUCUAAAUAAUUUUGUUAUUGACUAUUUUUUUGUUUCUAGAAUUAUGUGGUUCUUGUUCACAUUUUCUGUGGCCUUCCUUACUCCCCACCCCAGUUUCUAGUUCUCUGCCAAAGUUCCCAGUCUUUUUAAAUAAUCCUUAUGUACACAGUACUUAUAGUUACUGUAAAGUGUUUAAUAACUUUACCAUCUGGAGGCCCUGUGACCCUGUUACUUUAGGCUACUACUGUUUGUCACUUUUCAGUAGACUGGCCCAAGUCUAUGAAUUUCACUUUAAAUAUUGCUUUGGUUGCAUCUUACAAUUUUUUGUAUAUACACAUUUUCUCAUUCACUAAAUACUUAUUCAUUUCUCUGUUUUUAUAUCAUGAGGACUAUUCACAUGCACAUAUUUUAGUUUCUAAAUAGAUGGGAAGUUUAAAGCUAUCUUUGUAGCAGAUGUCUAAAUUUAUUGUAUUAUGAAAACAGGGUAUCAUAUUCUUUUGCAUGCUUUUGUUUUUGCUCUUGUGACUUAAGAUUUUUUCUUUUAUUAUUCAGAAAUAUCCUCACAAUGUUUAUAGAUGUACUUUUCAAAAUUUGUCUUCUUUGGGAUUCAGUGGACUCCUUAAAUUCAUGGAUGUGUAUGUUUAUUUUGGGGAAAUUCUUGCCUGUUAUUCUGUUACCACCCCCACUGUCUUUUUAAGAUAAUUUUUGGCAUUCUUAUUGAAUAGAUACUGGAAUGUCUACAUCUCUCCUUCAUAUAUCAAUUUUUUCUUGUAUACAUUUUAUCAUUUCAUUUCCUUGUGAUAGUCUGGAUCAUAUUACCCAAGGAAUAGUCCCUUAUACAGAGAGCCACCCCCCUAAGCUUUAGGCUAAUGAUAAUAGUGGCAGUAAUGGAUACUUAAGGGUCUCUAGCCAGUGCUGUUCCUCAUUAACCCCCAUUUGGUUGUUGACCUUCAGUACUUAUUUUUUACUCCUGUGUUUGAGAUAAUAUUUUUCAUGUCUUUCCCCCACUAUUUUCUAUAUAUGAAGCAAGUCUGUGGGGGGGGGGGGUGUACUAAAAUCUUGUAAGUGUAUAGUAAAACUUUCUCUAACAGGACCAACCUAAAUUUCUAUCUUCUGUGAUGGCCUGGGGAGAAUUAAAGAGUUAAGCCAAAUAGAAAAUCGAUAAACCCCUUCUUUGGAAUUGGGGAAGCAAACAGUGAGUCCCUGCAUUUCCAAUAUUUUCUGGGUCAUAUCUCUCUGAGUUAGGCAGAGUGACAAAAUGACUUCCAGCUACUUAGAGAUCUUGGAAUCCUUGCCGGUGUAUUGGAAUUCCCAGCUAGCCACAGACCUAGAAUUGCCCCUUUAGUAUACAAUAGAGGCCAGAGCAGACAAGCACAACCAGGGGGGACAAAAUCACAGCUGGCCCCUGAACAGGUUUGGAUGGAGCCAGCUAGACUUCCCACCUGCUUAACUAUCGAGGCUGGCCUUGGUCAUUUUUGUCCCCUCACUAUAACCCCACCCACAUUUUACAUCUCCCAUGUUUUGGAUUCCACUUACCUAUAUUUUGGCAAGAAUUUAUUGUACUUUUAAAAAGUCACGUAAGCAUAAAUUACAAGUAAGGCCUGCCUCUGACAAAUAGCAAGUUACAUUUCUGUGGAACUCACUACUCUUCCUCACCAGUAAGCUAACUUUCCAACUGUCCUGAAAUGGUACAGGUAUCUAUCUCUCUCUCCCUCCACCUCUCUCCCUUUCUCGUUCUCUCCCCCCUACCUCUCUCCUUCUCUAUCUCCCCCUACCACACACACAAAUACACACAAACAUAUGUGCAAAUAUGUGUAUACUUACACCUAGAGAUAUAAUCAUACAUAAGACGGUGUUUCUUUUUUUUACAUAAAUGCCAUUACACAGUAUGUAUCAUUUGGCAACAUUGUUUUUUAAUUUAACUUAAAAUUGACUGCAGAUAUCUAAAAUUCUGGUUCAUCUGUUGCGUUUACAAAAUUGAUUAUCAUAUACCACAUUUUAUUUAUUCAUUCUUCACUCUCCCUCCCAUUCCCAAUGCCUAUCUGGGUACUUUUGAAUUGUUGCCACUUACCACAGUGCUGCAAAAACAUCAUUAGACUUGGCUCCUAAUAAACAUGGAGCGAAUGUUUCUCUGAGGAUCAGAUAUUUCCCCCUAGAGUUAAUUUGAAAUUAUAAGAGAUUUUUUACUCAUGCCUUUUCCGUGCCUGAUAUGUGUGCCCUUGUUGGUGCUUACAUUUCUCUACUAGCGUGUGCAAGAAAGUAGACUGUGACUAAUGCCACUCGUUCUCUUAGGAAUACAUGGUCCUGUAUUCACCUUGGAUUAAUUAAUUGCCUCUCUAUGGUGGAUUUCCUGGUGUUUCUGUUACAGAGCUCUUUAAGUACAGAUUAUUUUUAAAUUGUUCCACUUAUAAUGUCUAGGAAAGAUGGUAUUUCUUUUCCUUUAUAGAGCUGACAUCGAAAUUACAUUUGAAAAUGUUAGAUGCUUUUGUGAAUCAAUCAGGGUAACCCGAUUGAUUCCUGUUUUCCAUUCUUCUUUGAAGGGACAAUGUUCUUAGGUUUUCUUUUCCUCAUUCCCUUCAUUCUGUAUUUGUCUAUUCUCUUAUAUCCUGUUCUUUGGUAACGUACUGGGAUAUUCCCCCCUUCUUAUAAGAGUAUUAGGUUACUAGACUGAAUUUCAUUUACACAUUAAUUAAAGAUUCGUUUUCCUCUUGUUCCCAAAGUUGAAACACAUACAGCAGGAAUUGCUCAUGAGAGUCCAGGUGUUUGUUUUGUCUUGCUGUUUUAAAAUUACAUCAAAAUGCCAAUAAGACCAGAUCUCCAGCAGUUGGAAAAAUGCAUUGAUGAUGCUUUAAGAAAAAAUGAUUUCAAACCUUUAAAAACACUUUUACAAAUUGGCGUUUGUGAAGAUGUAAAGAUUAAAUGCAGCAAGCAAUUUUUACACAAGUUGGAUGACCUUGUAUGCAGGGAGCUUAAUAAAAAGGACAUCCAAACUGUUUCAACCAUUUUUGUUUCUUUUGGAAGAUGUGGUAAAAAUAUCAGUAUAUUGGGGCAAGCCGGACUUUUAACUAUGAUAAGACAAGGACUAGUCCAGAAGAUGGUUGCCUGGUUUGAAAAAUCCAAGGAGAUUAUUCUCAGUCGAGGAAAUUCAAAAGAUGAGGCAGCUAUAAAUAUGAUAGAAGACUUACUUGAUCUUUUGAUGGUCAUACAUGACAUCAGUGAUGAAGGUAAAAGGCAAAUAGUGGAAAAUUUUAUACCUCAAAUCUGUGUCCUGGUUAUUGAUUCAAGAGUGAAUAUUUGUAUUCAGCAAGAGGCUGUAAAAAAAAUGAAUGUUAUGCUUGACAAAAUGCCUCAAGACGCCAGAACAAUACUCUCUGACCAAGAAAUGUUUAUUCUCAUGAGUAGUAUGGGAGAAAGGAUUUUAGAUGCUGGAGAUUAUGAUUUACAAGUAGGUAUCGUAGAAGCACUAUGUAGAAUGACUUCAGAAAAACAAAGACAGGAACUUUCAUGUCAGUGGUUUUCAAUGGAUUUUAUUGCUAAUGCAUUUAAAGGAAUUAAAGACUCUGAAUUUGAAACAGAUUGCAGAGUAUUUCUCAACCUUGUAAAUGGCAUGCUUGGCGACAAGAGAAGGGUCUUUACAUUUCCUUGUUUAUCAGCAUUUCUUGAUAAACAUGAGUUGAAAAUACCUUCAGAUGAAAAACUUGAGGAAUUUUGGAUAGAUUUUAAUCUUGGGAGCCAGGCUGUAUCAUUCUACAUUGCUGGAGAUAAUGACGAUCAUCAGUGGGAAGCAGUGACUGUGCCUGAGGAAAGAGUACAAAUAUACAGCAUUGAAGUGAGAGAAUCGAAGAAGCUACUGACCAUAACCUUGAAAAAUACAGUAAAAAUUAGUAAAAGAGAAGGGAAAGAAUUGCUUCUGUAUUUUGAUGCAUCAUUGGAAAUUGCUAGUGUGACACAAAAAAUUUUGGGUGCAAAUAAAUACAGGGAAUUUACCAGAAAACAAGGUAUUUCCGUUGCCAAAACAUCUGUGCAUAUAAUUUUUGAUGCAAGUGGAUCACAGAUUCUGGUGCCAGAAAGUCAAAUCCCACCCAUGGAAGAGGAAAUCAUUAGUUUGAAGGAAAAACCUAACUCCCAAAAGGAAUUCACUAAACCUCCAAAAUGUAUCAAAAACAGCAAUCAAGGGGGCAGAAAGAAUAGUCAGCUUGGGAUAAUUACUCCUAGCAAAAGAAAAAUGUCUGAAGCAUCAAUGAUUAUUCCUGGUGCAGAUAGAUACACUGUGAGAAGCCCAAUACUUUUAAUCAACACAUCAACACCACGAAGAGGAAGAGUUAAACCACCGCUGCACAUGAUGAGUUCUGCGGAAAAACCUGAUAUUCCUAAAACAUCCGAAAGUGGGGUGGAUAAUGCGGAAUCACUUACAUCCAGACCAUCUGAAGAAAGAAAGAGCAGAGAUAAUACAGACAAACAUAUCAAAACUGCUAAAGCUGUAGAGAAGACGGAAAACAAGGACACUGAAUUCCUAAACCAAAAUUUUAAUAAACUGCAGGAUGCUGUUCCUGAUUCACAGACAGUGGGAAAAAAAGAUAAACCUGUGUUAUCUGGUGUGUUGGACAACGUCUGUGGAAAUAAAAUGAACUCCAAAUGGUCAUGCUGGACCCCUGUAGCAAGUAUUAAUCUAUGUAACAACAAAAGAGCAAGUACUUCAUCGGGAGAUACAUUCAAUCAAGGUAUUAUUGUCAAAAAACUUCCUAAACAGAAAUCAUCCUCUUCAACAUCUGGUGAUAAUUGUGAAGACACAGAAAAGGUGCCGCAUAAGAAAAAAACAACGCAGCAUAGCGAAAUAGAUAAAGUGGAAGUAGGAGUUUGCAAAAGAGACAGUCAGCAACAACUAAAUCAUCCUAAACGUUCAGAGCUGAAAAACACUGAAAAUACCAAGCAGAGUGAUUGGCAUAUUGAAUCUGAAACUACUUUCAAAUCCGUUCUCUUAAAUAAGACCGUUGAGGAGUCUCUGAUCUAUAGGAAGAAGUACAUACUGUCAAAAGACGUGAAUACCGCUAUUUGUGAUAAAAGCCCUUCUCCUAGAAAAAAUGUGAAAAGUCACAGAAGAUCAGGGAAAAGAUUAACGUCUGAACUUAAUUCCUGGGAUCUGAAACAAAAACAAAUGAGGGAAAAGUCAAAAGAGAAAGGAUUUACCGAUGCAACAGAAUCCUUGAUAAACCAACUCAAUAAGAGAUAUAAACCCAAGGAUGACAUAAAGUCUACAAGAAAAUUCAAAGAGUCUUUGAUUGAUGGUGGUUUUUCAAACAAAUCUGAUCUACAGCUCAGUAAGGAAAAAGUUCAGAAAAAAAGUUAUAGGCAACUGAAGACUGCUUUUGUUAAUGUUACUUCUGAAUGCCCACUGAAUGAUGUUUACAAUUUUAACUUGAAUGGCGCUGAUGAGCCUAUUAUAAAACUUGGAAUCCAGGAAUUUCAAGCUGCAGCUACAGAAGCCUGUGUGGAUAAUUCAAUAAAAUUGAUAGGUUUGAGGAAUCAUGAUGAACUUGAAUCUUCUCUCAAAACAAAAGAUAAAAAAAUUGUAGCAAAUCAUAAAAAGAAAAAUCUCUUUAGUGAUACUGACACAGAAUACAGAUGUGAUGACAGCAAGACCGAUGUUAGCUGGCUGAAGGAACCAAAAUCAAAACCACAGCUGAUAGACUAUAGCAGAAAUAAAAAUGUGAAGAAACAGAAAAGUGGCAAAUCAAGACCAUCGUUGGAAAGGGGACAACCAAGAUCUAAAAUGACACCCAACAAAAACACCACCAAAAAGGUAGAGGAGACCGUUCCAGAUGGGAGAACCAGACUUCCACGAAGAGCGGCAAAAACCAAAAAAAAUUACAAAGAUCUCUCAAAUUCAGAAUCAGAGAGUGAACAAGAAUUUUCACAUUCAUUUAAAGAGAAAUUGCUAGAAAAGGAGGAAAAUAUCCAUUCCAGAAGCAAAACCAUAAAGCUGCCAAAGAAACAGAAGAAAGCCUCUGCCGAAUCACAGAAGGAUAUAUCAAAAGAAUGGAAAAAUUCAUCUCUACUAAAAGAUGCUGUAAGAGAUAAUAGCCUUGGCUUAUCUCCUGUAUCUUUAUCUGGGAGCCCAUCAUCUAUAGAAGUCAUGAGAUGCAAUAUAGGUAUAGAGAAAAUAACAGAGAAGGAUUUUACUCAGGAUUAUGACUGUAUAACAAAAUCCAUAUCACCUUAUCUGAAAACUUCAUCACCUGAAUCUUUAAACAGUAAAUAUAGAGUCGGAGGUCCAAUAAAGUCACCUAAAAACAGUGACAAAAAUGUAUGUGCACGAGAACGUUGCUCACCAGUUCCACGAUCCUUCUUGUUGGGAAAUCAUUCCACAUCUCCACUAUCUAUGUCUAGUGAAGGAAGAGAGCAAAUACGGUGCGACAUUCCUUGUGACUCUACUCAUGUAUCAGGCCCCACACAGCAUUUUAGUCGCAAACGAAUGUACAUAGAAGAAGAUAAUCUAAGUAAUGCUGAUGUAGUAGAAGAGGAGGAGGAAGGGAGAGUAUACUUGCUUCCCAAAAAACUAUCGAGAACUGAAGACACAGAUAAUCACACUUAUAAAGUAUCUGAAAGUAUAUCUCCGUUAUCAACAAAUGACUUGUCUCUUCCUGCGGAGAGCUGGGAAAGUGAAAUUUCAGGUGUGGGGAUGAUGUGUGAGAAGCUCAAUACAGAAUUUAGGAGGAAAUUUCAUAUCCGCCAAAAAAUGAUGGAUUAUUUUGCAAAGCAGUCUUGGAAAACAGCUCAACAACAUCUGACCAACAUGAACCAUCAGAUUCAGGAGUACAGGAUCAAAAAACUCGAUAAAUUCCAAUUCAUCAUCAUAGAGGAGCUGGAGAAUUUUGAAAAAGAUUCACAGUCUUUAAAAGAUUUGGAGAAGGAAUUUGUGGAAUUGGGAGAGAAGAUAUUUCAGAAGUACAGUGCCUAUCAAAAAAGUGAGCUGCAGAGGCUUCACCACUUGAAAGCGUCACUGGACAAAAAUGUCUUCUACAACACUGAUUACGAAGAUGCUGUUUUUACAUCUGAGAUGUGCUCGAUGAAGGAGGACAUGAAGGUGCUGCAGGAACAGCUUCUGAAGGACACGCAAGAAGAGGAGCUUCUCAACGUACGCAGAGGACUGAUGUCAUUAUUCAUGGCUCAUGAAAGAAACGUUCAUGUGUGAUGUCUGGGUGUUAGCGAUUAGUUGUAGCCACUUACCCCUUUUUGUGUAUACCAGGAAAUCCCACAGUAGCUCUACCGAGAGAAAAACAGACGUCACCCAGACAAGAGUACUUUUGCAGGAGCCUCCAAAUCCAAAGAAAUUGUUGUCUUAUGGAUGAGAAAGAAACACUAUAACAUGACUCCAGCCUCAAAAGACCUUUGUCUGUAUAGUACUGUUCUUUUUUUAGGGAAAAAUUUUGGGAAAACCAAAUAGUGAAAGGAAUGUUGCUUGUUUCUGUAGGACUAUUUAUGUUGGACAAAUCUUACUGAGUUAACUAUACUCCCAAAACUAGUUUCUUUAAUAAACUAAAACUUACCAUAUAAAAUGUACUUUUAAAUGAAUACAGUUUGGACUAAAUAUAAGGUAUUACUAGUUCGGAGUAUACUACAUGCAGUAAAAACUUGGCCCUGCUGAGAAGGGGGAGAAGCCUCUGAUUUCAGAUGCUUACCGGAGUGAGAGUCGGUACUUCUGACCCACUGCUGGAGAGUGUAUUUAUUCAGUUAUGGCACCUGUAUUAGAAGGCAUUAAACAGCCUAUAAGAGUUCCUGUAUUUUCUAAAUAUUUUAAUUCCAGGUAGAUACCUUAACUCCUAAGCAUGCUCUUUUGACAAGUGCUUUUUAAGCUUCUAUUCACUGUAAUAUUUUACUAGAAUAUAAAAAUACACUUAAUAUAUUAAAGUUGAAAUAAAUGCUGUGCCACUUGGAUAAGGAUUAUAAA